GGGGAAACGGAAGUGGGCGGUGCUCAGGCUGCCUGGGAAAUGUCAGCCUCUUGACUGGGGACGGGUUUUCCUUACGGCGGAGCCUGCGGGCCUUCUAGUGAUCGUCACCGCCGUCGCCUCGGAGAGUGGGUCCCAGAUCCUGGACGAUUGCGGCCGACGCGGAGUUUCCCGGUCCUUCCAGACACUGUCUGGCGAGAUCGGACCGUGAGCCCGAUGGGGAGAGCGUGAGGCACUGUGGGGUCGAGGGUCUGAGGCCGAGAGCAAGCGGAGAUCGAGAGGACCACGGAGACCCCGAGCACCCGCCGCCACGGGCCUAACUAAGUCCCCGGUCACGGAGAGGAGGUGGUAGCCCGGCCCGCUGGCCAGAUAUGAUCCAGACCUGCUCAUGAAUGACUUUUGGUUAGUCAGAGUGAACAUUCAAUAAUGAGUGGUGCAGCUUUGGGACUCGAGAUUGUUUUUGUCUUUUUUCUGGCAUUAUUCCUACUUCAUCGAUAUGGAGACUUUAAGAAACAGCAUAGACUUGUAAUUAUUGGAACACUGCUAGCUUGGUAUCUCUGCUUUCUUAUCGUCUUCAUACUGCCUCUGGAUGUUAGUACGACAAUAUACAACCGAUGUAAGCAUGCAGCCGCAAACUCAAGCCCUACCGAGAACAGCAACAUUACAGGAUUCCACGCAACUGCUACUCCAGUUCCAAGCCAACAUCCAUGUUUCAAGCCAUGGAGUUACAUUCCUGAUGGAAUCAUGCCAAUUUUCUGGAGGGUAGUAUAUUGGACAUCACAAUUUUUAACAUGGAUUCUGUUACCUUUUAUGCAGUCCUAUGCAAGAUCAGGAGGGUUUUCCAUCACUGGGAAGAUCAAAACUGCACUGAUUGAGAAUGCAAUCUAUUAUGGCACCUAUUUGCUGAUUUUUGGAGCAUUUUUAAUAUAUGUAGCUGUAAACCCACAUUUGCACUUAGAAUGGAACCAGCUUCAGACAAUUGGAAUAGCUGCAGCAAAUACAUGGGGCCUGUUUCUCCUUGUGUUGUUAUUGGGAUAUGGUUUGGUAGAAAUUCCUCGGUCGUACUGGAAUGGAGCAAAAAGAGGUUAUCUACUUAUGAAGACAUAUUUUAAGGCAGCCAAACUGAUGACAGAAAAAGCAGAUGCAGAAGAGACUUUAGAAGAUGUCAUGGAGGAGGUUCGUAAAGUGAAUGAAAGCAUCAAGUAUAACCACCCAUUGAGAAAAUGUGUUGACACAAUACUUAAAAAGUGUCCUACAGAGUAUCAGGAAAAAAUGGGUAGGAACAUGGAUGAUUAUGAAGAUUUUGAUGAAAAGCAUAAUACCUACCCCAGUGAAAAAAGUCUGGUAAAACUACAUAAACAGGUGAUUUAUUCAGUUCAGAGACACCGUCGAACUCAAGUACAAUGGCAGAUUCUUUUGGAACAAGCAUUUUAUCUCGAAGAUGUAGCAAAAAAUGAAACUAGUGCUACUCAUCAGUUUGUUCACACCUUUCAGUCACCAGAGCCAGAAAAUAAAUUUCUCCAAUAUUUUUAUAAUCCUACAGUUGAAUGGUACUGGGAAUGUCUUUUGAGACCGUGGUUUUAUAGGAUACUUGCUGUGGUUUUGUCCAUCUUCUCUGUGAUUGUUGUGUGGUCAGAAUGCACAUUCUUUAGCACUACACCUGUCUUAUCCCUCUUCGCAGUCUUCAUACAGCUGGCUGAGAAAACAUACAAUUAUAUUUAUAUAGAGAUUGCUUGUUUCCUGAGUAUCUUCUUUCUGAGUAUCUGUGUUUAUUCUACUGUGUUCAGGAUUCGUGUCUUUAACUAUUAUUACUUGGCUUCACAUCACCAGACUGAUGCUUACAGCCUUCUCUUCAGUGGCAUGUUAUUUUGCCGUUUGACUCCUCCUUUAUGUCUUAAUUUCUUGGGUUUGACCCAUAUGGAUUCGUCCAUCUCUCACCAGAAUACUCAGCCAACUGCUUAUACAUCUAUUAUGGGUUCCAUGAAAGUUUUAUCCUUUAUUGCAGAUGGAUUCUACAUAUAUUAUCCUAUGUUGGUGGUUAUUCUCUGCAUUGCUACUUACUUUAGUUUGGGAACGCGUUGUUUGAAUCUGCUUGGUUUCCAGCAGUUCAUGGGAGAUAAUGACAUGACAUCAGACUUGGUUGAUGAAGGAAAAGAAUUAAUCAGACGAGAGAAGAGAAAAAGGCAAAGGCAAGAAGAAGGUGAAAAUCGAAGAAGAGAAUGGAAAGAACGUUAUGGACACAAUAGAGAAGACUCCACUAGAAACAGAAAUGUUCAUGUUGACCCGAAAGAAUCAAACCUCUCAGAUAUUAGUACCAACCGAUCAGCAUCCAAAUAUACCAGGGCUAAUAACAGGACGGAAAGGGACCGAAUAGAGCUCCUCCAAGAUGUAGAACCUUUGGAUUUUAAUGCAGAAACAUUCACUGAUGAUCCUCUUGAAUCUGAACCAGGAAGAUCAUUUCUUUAUCCACCUUUCAGGUAUCAGCCUGGUGGACGAUACCUCUCGAUGUCUCACAGCAGAAUAUUCGAUGAUGUUUAAAGUCUGAAAGAGUUUAUGGAACAACUAACCAAGAUCAACACAUCAGUUCAGUUUUUACGAACAUAUGUAUGCCCUAGAAUUUACACUGUACUCUUAAUGAAAAGUGUCAGGACAAAAAUGGCACUGAAAGUUAAUCACAUCUCAGUAAUCAUAGUUUAUUGCCUAUUGAAUAGAGUGUCAUCUUUUCUCAUAGGAUUUAUUACCAUUCCUGAAGUGUCUGCCUUAGAAGUACAGGUGUAAUGGAAGGGUUCAGUUCAUGAUAGAAAUCAGUAUAUGUUGAGAAUAUGUAGUUCAGUUUGUUUCAGGUUAAUUUUUUUCAGGAAAGUUGUUUUAAAGGUCCAGGAAAGCCAUUAAGUCAUGACUAAAUAACAUCAUACGUUUUAUUGUUGUGAUUUACAUUUUUGCUGUUUCUAAAGAAUAUGUUAAUCCUGUAUUUCCCAAAGAGAUGGAGACCACAAAUAAUAAUGGUAUUUUCAAAACCCAUGUCUUAAAACAAGGCUUACUUACCAGACAUAACUGAAUGUAGAAAGCUCUUUUUCACCUCUAUAUGCAAAUUUUGGGGGUUUUUGCAUGUAUAAUUAAGAUGAUACUUCAACUGACAGUGUUAGUAUCUUCAGCAUGUGUACUAUAAUCAGGUGAUGUAUUAUUCUUUCAGUCUUUGUAGAAACUGGAAAUUAUUUUACGCUUUAGGUAUUGCUUUGUAAAAGAUUUUCAUUUCAGGGAGAAAUGUUCACCUUUAUCAUCUAGCAUAUUGACUUACGUGUUGAUCAUUCCACUCAAGGAAAAUCUGAAGCAUUAAUGGUAAAUAGCAGGUGGUUUUUUUUAAAAAGCCAAAGAGUCCCAUAAAAAUUCUCUAAUUUUUAAA